AUGUCUACACUUGAGAAUCUCGUUGAUAUCCCUAGCACCCCACAAUUUCAAGCGUUGCUCUCAAAGGAUCUCAAACGUAUAUCACUAAUCUACUUCUGGACGUCCUGGGCCGAGCCAUGUGUACAAAUGAACCAAGUGGUGGAAGGGUUAGCAAAGGCAUACCCGGCACUACUCGCACUUAAGGCAAAGGCAGAAGAGCAGGCGGAUAUAUCAGACUCCUUUGACAUCAACUCCGUUCCGACAUGCUUGGUCAUUCAGGGCCAUGCUUUACUUGCCCGGAUUGAAGGCGGAGAUGCGGCCCAGCUUAAGGAAGCGAUCACAAAGCACUUGGAAAGCAAUCCCUCUUCAACGAACUCUCAUCCUCCUUCCCCUCCGUCUUCCGAGACAGAAGAACAAUUAGAGGCUCGUAUGCGCGAUAUCAUGCAUCAAAGCGCGGUGGUCUUGUUCAUGAAAGGGGAGCCAAAUGCCCCUCGGUGUGGCUUUUCUAGGAGUGCUGUAGCGUUGCUGAGGGAGAAAGAUGUUACAUUCACCCACUUUGACAUUCUCAGCGACGAGAAUGUGCGGCAAGGUCUCAAGAAACUGAACGAUUGGCCCACCUUCCCACAAUUCAUAGUUCAAGGCGAAUUUGUGGGAGGAUUGGAUGUAGUGAAGGAGAUGAAGGACUCGGGGGAGUUCGAAGCGGUUUUCUCUGCUUGA